AUGAUACGCAAAAAUGUAGUCACCCUUUUGACGUACGAGGAAGCAGAUGUAGUCACCCUUUUGACGUACGAGGAAGCAGAUGUAGUCACCCUUUUGAAGAUCGUGAUUGAAAAUCCCAAGGAUGAUUACGUAAUUUUGAAGGAACUGGCGUGGUUGAGAAGUAGUAAUGUCCGCGGCGGCGACGGUUGUUGCUCACCGCCUUCUUCUUGCUCAUCGUCGAGGAGUUGUAGUAGUGUUGGUGGUGGCUUUUGGUGCUCUCUUUGGUGGUGGUCGAAGCUUGUUCUUGUGUUUAUCUUCUUGGCUGUUGUGGGGGUUUGUUUCUUUCUAUGGAUCAGACCAUUUUUAAUGAAUAAGGUUUUCUAUGUUUGGUUUGAUGCACCAAUCGGGUAUGUCUCAAUCACUUCAUGUUACACACCUGAGUGGGAGAAGUGGUGGAAGAAUCCUGAAAAUGUGGAGUUGUAUCAGUUUAUGGGAAUAGAUAAUGUACCCUUUGAUACUGUAAUGUUCCAUUCUAGACUUCUUGGAACUUCUGAGAACUGGAGGGCAACCUCCCCGGUGAUCACCUCAAGGUGGCUGCGUGUUGCAAGCACUACACUGCCUACGAUCUUGAUAACUGGAGUGGGGUCGAUCGCUUCCAUUUUAAUGCCAAGGUAA